AUGCCUAACGUUACUGUCUUACCACAAACCAACCAAUUAAUCGGUUUAUAUUCAAUUAUUAGAGAUCAAAACACCAAAAGAGGUGAUUUUGUCUUCUACUCUGACAGAAUUAUCCGUUUAUUAGUUGAAGAAGGUCUUAAUCAAUUACCAGUAGAAAAAUCUGUCAUCUCAUGUCAUGGAGGACAUGAAUAUGUUGGAGCCAAAUUUUUAGGUAAAAUUUGUGGGGUUUCCAUUGUCAGAGCUGGAGAAUCAAUGGAAAUGGGUUUAAGAGAUUGUUGUAGAUCCGUUAGAAUUGGUAAAAUCUUAAUUCAAAGAGAUGAAGAAACUGCUUUACCAAAAUUAUUUUACGAGAAAUUACCUGAAGAUAUUUCUGAAAGAUAUGUCUUUUUAUUAGACCCAAUGUUAGCUACUGGUGGUAGUGCUAUGAUGGCUGUUGAAGUUUUAUUGAAACGUGGAGUUAAAUCCAAUAGAAUCUUCUUCUUGAACUUAUUAGCUGCCCCAGAAGGGAUCAAAGCUUUCCAAGAAAAAUACCCUGAUGUUAAUAUUAUUACUGGAGGUAUUGAUGAGAAAUUGGAUGAAGACAAGUACAUUGUUCCAGGGUUAGGGGACUUUGGUGACAGAUAUUAUGGUAUAUAG